CUACGCACAUGGCUACUACAGAAUGCAUUAUGAAUGGUUUGGCAAGUUCUACCCAGUACCCACCGGCCUCUACUUUAUAAGUUAUUUUCCAGGAAAAACUCUGCAACUUUGUAAGUCUUUAUUUCUCAUCUUCCAAAAGAUAGAAUUCCCAGUUCAUCUUUCAUUUGAUUUCCUAGUUAAUUGUAACAGAGUUGCCCGUUUCGAUUUCUGUUCUUCUGAUAACUUAAGAACAAACCCCUUCCCUUUAUUCCAGCUGCUGCCGAUCAAAAUACCAAAACCCCAGCCACUUCCCUUGCAAGAAGCCCUAGACGAGGGGUCCUGGUAUCCAUCUCUCACGCGGCUCUCUCUGUUUCCAUCACGCAGCAGGUACAAUGUACUCAUGAAUGGAUUGAGUGAAGAAGCACUACUUCAUAAAUCUUAUGCUUGUGGCCCAAAUAGCUAUCGUUCUGAUUCAACCAAUGACCCUGGCAAUCUUUGUAACUGCAACAAUGGUUUUGAAGGCAACCCUUAUCUCCCUCGAGUAGGAUGCCUAGACAUAAAUGAAUGUGAAAAUAGAGACAGUACUUUCUACCAUGCUAGUGAUAUAUGAAAUAAUACGAUUGGGAGUUAUGACUGCUAUUGUUAAGAAGGCUACCAUGGCUAUGGUUGGAAAAAUGAGAUUGGCUGCGUUGAGGACCUCAAACGGAUCCCAUUGAUAAAAAUAAUUGCAGGUAAUUUUUUUUUUUUGAAUAAUGAAAUUGCUAUUUCCUUGCUUGGUUGUUUCAAUAAAAAUAUUGCACAAGUUAACACUUUCAGUUGAGAGUAAUACACAGACUCCCAUUUGUGGUUUUUGUUUUUUUGGUUUUUUUGUUUUUUGUUUUUUGUGUUUUUUGUUUUUUGUUUUUUAUUUUUUGUUUUUUGUUUUUUGUUUUUUGUUUUUUUUAGUCUACAUGACUUGUUUAAUUAAAGACAAACAUUAUUUUUCCCUCUUUUUUUAAACGGCUCUUCAAAAAAAAAAAAUUAAAAAAAUAAAAAAAGUGAAGAAAUGUUGUCGGAAGGCAAGAAUCUCAUGAGUAGUGCUCAUCGGGCGCUAUGAAGGGUUUUAAGCUUAAUCAGACUAAUGCUUGGCUUUGUCUACUACCUUUCUUAUUCUCUAUACAAUGAAAACUUACUCAUUGAUACAGAGAGGAAAAUCCUAUAGCUGACUACUUGGCAAAACAAGCAACUAGAAGUGGGUUUUCUACAAAAGUGAUUUUUUUUUUUCAGCUUCAAUUCUAGAGGAGUUGCAGAUGAAUGCAUAACGGAGACCAUGGUUCCAGUUUUGUUGAAUUUUUGAGCUUCCUUCUACCUUAUUAGUGGCAAUGCCAAAGGUGGGGGUUUAGGCUUCUUUUUUGUGGUGUUUCUAUCUCUGAGAGAGAGGGGAGGGGUGUAUUCACGCUUGUGGCUUCAUUUGUUUCUGCAAGCAAGCAUGCUAGCUAGCCUGGAACCCUACUACUGUAUUUACAACGAAAGUGGUCACAUUACUAAUCAUGCAACCAUCUCAGACUCGAUCAGGGUAGCUUACUUAUUUAGGCAGUAUAGUUGUCCCUACUAUUUAUUGUAAUAAAUACGUUGAUUGUAAUAUGAGUUUCAACAAGGCCAUCUAUAUAUCUAUUGCGAGCUAUGAAAAUCAUACCCACGUAUUUGAUUUCAA